AUGGUGCUCAAUGCUAAUGGUGGCGUUCUGGACAAUCACAUCACGGUGAAUUUUGAAACAAAAUAUGAUAACAAUCAUAAUGAAAUUAAACAACUCUUGUCUCAAUCUAAAUCUUUUGAUAAAAGCAACUGGACCCAUUAUGUUCUUUUAUUACAACCUAUUGUGGCAGGUUUAUUCCUCAUAGUUGGACUUAUGUAUGCUUAUCGUCGUUGCUGGCCAAUAUUACAGUUAGCUUGUCGCCUACAGAAGACAAAGCAAUCCCUCUUACAGGGACCCAAAUCAGCAUCACCAAAUUGUCAACCACCUUAUGCUUACAACCCUCACAACUCUUGUCCUCUACCGAUUGAACAAUACACUUCCUCAAUAGUUCCACCUAAAAGCAACGCAACAAUACCAUUAUAUCCAGCAGCUACCGCACUAGUCUCAUAA